CCAGGUGGAGAGAAUAUAGUGCAGCAAUAUAUAUUUCCUGAUCUGGAAAUAAGGAUAUUUUAAAAUUUAGCUUAGAAGAAAAGAAUGGUUACUCCAAUUCCAGACCAGGUGAAGGAGCUGUGGAAAGAAUGGAACGUUAGGGCAAUCAUUCUGUUCAGCCUCGCAUUACAGACAUUUCUGAUUGUGGCCGCUCCCCUCAGAAAACGCACCUCCAGAAAACUCGUCAUUUUCUUACUCUGGACGGCUUAUUUGCUUGCUGAUUGGGCGGCAAGCUUCGCUGUCGGCCACAUUUCCAGCAAACAAAAUGACGACUCCAGCGGUGGCUCUAAAGCCAAAGCAGACGAUAUCAUACAAGCGUUUUGGGCGCCAUUUCUUCUUCUUCACCUUGGUGGACCCGACACCAUAACCGCCUUUGCUCUUGAGGACAAUGAGCUCUGGCUCCGACACUUGUUGGGUCUCGUAACUCAGGUUAUUGCCACUGCUUAUGUCUUCAUCCAAACUGUCCCGGGAAACGACCUGUGGAUAUCGACGGUCCUGAUGUUCUUCGGCGGAAUCAUCAAGUACGCCGAGCGAACUCGCGCUCUCUACCUAGCGAGCUUAAACAAAUUCCGGGAAUCUCUGCUCCAAAAACCCGACGCGGGCCCGAACUACGCUAAGCUCAUGGAGGAGUCCUCGUCAAAGAAAGAUGCCAGACUUCCGACGAAGAUCCAGAUGAUCCCCGAGCCCGACGUGGAAUCGAAAGCCUUCAGCAAAGACGUGAAAGAAGGUGACCUAGAAGAGAUCGACAUCGUUAAUUACGGCAAUAAUUACUUCAGGAUCUUCAAAGGUCUAAUUGUCGACUCCAUCUUCAGCUUCCGAGAGCGCGACGAGAGCCGUGAGUUUUUCAUGAAUAGGACGGCAGUAGACGCCUUCAGAGUCAUGGAGGUUGAGCUCAACUUAAUCUACGAAGUGCUGUACACCAAGAUCGAAGUGGUUCAUAAUAGAAUCGGCUACGUAUUCCGUUUCUUGUCGCUCGCUUCUACCGUGGCCACUCUUGGACUCUUCUACAAUGUCGACAAAGACGAUUUCAAGCCGUUUGAUGUCAGAACUACUUACACUUUGCUUCUUGGGGCCAUUUUUCUGGACGCUAUAGCUCUUUUAAAUCUGGUAUGUUCGGAUUGGACUGUCAUUGGAAUGCAGAAGUACCCGAAAAUAAGGCAGUCGUGUCUGUCGAAAAUAUUUGAACGCUUUCUCUAUUUGCAGAGGCCAAAAUGGCAUAACGGGGAGAACAAUUGGGUUACAAGGAAAGUAAGAGCGGCGCUAUUUGGGCGGUGGUCGGACGCGAUAUCGGGGUACAAUUUCAUAACUUAUAAUCUAAGAGGAUGUCCAGACAUUGACGGCAACGAUCAGCCUGAUCAUCCAAGUGUUUGGAAAUUCGUACGUAACAAAAUAUAUUUUGUCGUCAAGUGUUUUAAAAAGCUCAUUAACAAAAUCAUUGAACAGUUGGGUGCGACAACCCUUAUAGAUGAACUAAAGUACGGCAUUAGAUACAGAAUGAAUAAGCCUCUAUGGAAAUUCAUCUUUACGGAGUUACAAGAGAAGGCAGAGGAUGCUGAUGAUCCGGAAAUUGCCAAAAGAAUCUGCGAAGCAAGAGGCUCUUAUGUUCUUCUUGAAAGUACGAAAUACAAAGACGACAAAAUUAAGGAGAUAACUCCUUAUAUCGAUGAUGUCACUUAUGAUCAGAGCCUUCUGUUAUGGCACAUUGCUACGGAAUUAUGUUACCAAGAUGAUGUACUAAAGAAUAAGAAAUACAAAAUUCUUUAUCCCAAGGAUGAAGAGUAUAAGGAAUCAUACCAAUUCAGUAAAGUACUUUCAGAUUACAUGCUUUAUCUCUUGGUGCUGCAACCGACUAUGAUGUCGGCGGUUGCCGGAAUCGGACAAAUUAGGUUCCGGGACACAAGUGAGGAGGCAAAGAAGUUCUUCGUCCGGAGAGGAAAAGGGAAGAGGAAAGAGCAAGAGGCGGGCGAGGCCAUUCUUGGGGUUGACACGAAUGUUGAACCUGUGACGGUGAAGGGGGACAGGAGUAAGUCUGUUUUGUUUGAUGCUUGUAUCUUGGCCAAAAAACUUGGUGAGUUUAAGGAUGACAAGUGGAAAAUCGUGAGCAGUGUUUGGGUGGAGAUGUUGUCGUAUGCCGCCAGUCAUUGUCGUCCGGAAAGUCAUGCCCAGCAAAUGAGUAAAGGUGGGGAACUUAUUACUUUUGUUUGGUUGCUCAUGUCUCAUUUCGGGUUGGGAGAUCAGUUUCAGAUUAAGGAGGGUCAUGCCAGAGCAAAGCUCAUCGUCGAAAAGUAGCUUAAAUUAAUUAAGUGAAUAAACACCAUAAUAUUAUUAUAGAUAUGUAUGAUUUUAUUCUGGGUUAUUUGCUCCUUUUUUUUUCUUAAUUGUUGUGGAAUUUUUAUAUUUCUAUGUAUUGGAGAGUUUGUAUGAAUCGAUUUUUUUUUUCUUUUUUUUUUUGGUUAACUAAUACACAAAUCAAAUACAUGGACAAAAAUCUUCAGUCACAUGUAUUCCUGCCAUAUAAAUGUCCACCUACGGCCAGUGAGCAUUGGGAGAAAAAAUAUUACUACUUUUAUAAUAAUUAUAUAUAAAAUAGUAUUUUUAAUAGCCAAAAAUUAUAUUUUUAAAAUAUUGAACCCUUCUUAAGUGG